CAACUGGUUCUUUCCUUUUUUUUUCUUUAAUUCCAUUCUUUCUAUUCACUUACAUAAUAUAUACAUAUAAGAAUGGCAGCUUCAGACGCAAGUGAAACUGGAUCCAACCACGAAGAUCAAAAUGAUGUAAUUAUGGAAGGCGAAGAUUAUAACGAAGAACGACAAGGCUCCGAUGAAGAAAUGGAUGAAGACGAUGAAGUUGCUAUUGCUGAAGACAAAGUUGAAAUUAUUACUGGAUCUAGUAGCGAUCCAACUGCAAUGACUUUCUCUUUAAAAAAUGAAGACCACACUGUAGGCAAUACACUUCGACACUUGAUCAACAAAAAUCCUCAAGUUGAUUUUUGCGGUUACUCUAUCCCACAUCCUUCUGAAGCCAAAAUGCAUAUUCGUAUUCAAACAAGUGAUAAAACGACAGCUGUAGAUGCUUUCCGAAAAGGGAUGGUGGAUUUGACUGACAUGUGCACUCAUAUUCGUGACGCAUAUGAAGCUGAAUUAGCAAAGAAAAAUUAUGUAGUUUUUGAAGAAUUAGCGUAAGCGAUAUCAUUUUUAUAGUAUAGAAUUCAUCAUCAUUCAACCCAUAUCAACCAAUAAACUCUUGUACAUUGUUAUUUUCA